UUAUGCCACCACCGAUCUCACCCUCUCAAUCUCGUGAACAAAAACUGAAAGGAACUUUUAUCAUUAUUCUCCCAGGUUCACUUCCCCUGUGACUAAAAACACAACAGCAUUCAUUGUCUUUACCUGUGAUAUUAAGCCCAGGUGAAAUGUUCUUUACCCUUUCCCUAAUCUUGAUCCUCCUUUGGCAUUAUAGCUCCAUUUUGUUAAUGCACCAACCAUAGAGAACCAUUUUUUAGGUGGAAGAAACUAACUAUUUCAAGUACCAGAACUGUCCCUAAGUUUUGAAUAACAACAACAAACCCCAAAUCCAAAUUUGCACCCUUUUAUCUUCCUCAUCAAAUUCACCCAAAAAAGUAAGAGGGCAAAAAGGGGAAAGAGAGAUACCCCUCUCUCUCUCUCACUUGCUCACCUUGUUAAGUGUCCUUCACUACACUGAAUCUAUCUCCACUACAAUCAACAAAAUCAACUACAAGAACCCAAGAAAACAGAAAACAACUCCAUAGCUACCCACAAAAAAAAACCCAUUUCACACCCACAAAACCCCAUCAAGAAUCACCCAAUUUCUUCAGCCGGAACCAUGCAGCGGCGUUUUCUCGAAAAGGAGCUGAGCAUGCCACCGUCGCCGUCGCACGGGAACAAGACCCAGAAUUCGAUCUUCAACAACGCGAAUUUCGACACCAAAAUGGUGGUGGUCCUGGCAGUGAUACUGUGCGCAUUGAUUUGCGUGUUUGGGCUGAACACAAUCGCGAGUUGCUUGACGCGAUUGACGCGGAGAUUCUCCCGCAGGGAUACGACGACGGCGGCGGCGAGGGGGCUGAAGAAGCGUGACCUGAAGCAGAUCCCGGUGGCGGUGUACGGAUCCGGCAGCAGCGGCGAGGAGAUUCCGGCGACAGAGUGCCCCAUUUGCCUAGGGGAGUUCGAGAAGGGUGAUAAGCUCCGAAUGUUGCCGAACUGCAAUCACGGGUUUCACGUGAGGUGUAUAGACACGUGGUUGGUGUCGCAUUCUUCGUGCCCCAAUUGCCGCCACUCGCUACUGCUCGGGAAGCGACAGCAACAGCAACACGGGUCGACCGCUUCUGCUUCUGCCGUCGCCGCCGUGGAAGGGUCGCCGGGAAAUGGGUCCGGCGAGAGGAGUGAUGUUGUGGUGACCGUCGCGCAGGCAAGUUGAAAGAAGAAUUGUGGUGCUAGGUAGGAUGAGUUUUUUUGUGAAGGGUAGUUGAGAAAUUUAAUGUUAGUAUGGUGAUUUGUUACUCACUCCGUUCCUUAUUAUAAGUCACAUUUUUUGAAAAAAAUUUGUUACAAAAUAUAAGUCACUUUCUAA